CGGCCAAACCGCACCACUAACCACAGCCGUUAUGGCAAAUGACUACUCCUACUCCUAGUAGACGCAUCGCUUUCCAAUCAAAAAUCGCCGAACUAAAACAGAAAGCAAAUACUCAUCUCCCUCUCAAAUCCUCCUCUUCCUCUUGGAGACCUCCACUUCGCCUUUAAUGGCGGCCACGCACAACCUCCCGUCUCAGUGACGUCGCGCCCGUAGUCCCGUACGCUACCUCGCUGCUGCCAGGAAGCGAGGCGCGCUGGGUGGAGGAGCAGAUCGAGAUGGCGGUGGUGGUGGCGGCGGCGGCGGCGAAGCGGCUGGCGGGGCGGGUCACGAAGAGGCCGGUGCUGGAGAAGGCCAGGAUGGCGGGGCUCGCCGUGGCGGUGGCCGCCGCCGCCGCGCUGGUGCUGCUCCUCUGCGCCGCCUCGCUCCGCUGCUCGGCGGCCGUCGGCCUCGCGCUGUCGGCGGCCCCCGGGAAGCUCUGGAGCGGCGGGGUCUCCAUCGCGGCCGAGGCGGCGGCGGUGGAGGCGCGCGCCGAGGGGGAGGAGGAGGAGGAGUGCGACCUGUUCGACGGGGAGUGGGUGUGGAACGACAGCUACCCGCUCUACCACUCCACGGACUGCCCCUUCCUGGACGUCGGGUUCCGGUGCUCCGAGAACGGCCGCCCCGACGCGUCCUACUCCAAGUGGCGGUGGAGGCCGUCGCGCUGCGAUCUCCCCAGAUUUGAUGCCAGAAAUAUGCUGGAGAAGUUGAGAAACAAAAGAGUAGUAUUUGUUGGUGAUUCAAUUGGGCGGAACCAGUGGGAAUCUCUUCUUUGUAUGCUCUCUGUUGCUGUUCCUGAUAAGAGCUCCAUCUUCGAAGUUAAUGGGAAUCCCAUCACAAAACACAUGGGUUUCUUAAUUUUCAAGUUUAGAGACUACAAUUGCACCGUGGAAUAUUACAGAUCUCCUUUUAUAGUCCUUCAAGGGCGUGCCCCACCUGGAGCUCCUGGGGUUGUUAAAUAUACAAUUAGGGUAGAUGCCAUGGAUUGGUUGUCUGACCGGGGCCAGUGGAGGGAUGCUGAUGUAUUGAUCCUUAACACUGGGCACUGGUGGAACUACGAGAAAACAAUCAGAAGUGGCACCUAUUUUCAAGAAGGGGAUGCAGUUAAAAUGGACAUGACUGUCGGAGAUGCUUACAAAAGAUCCAUACAGACAUUGUUUGGUUGGCUUCACAAUGAGGUUAACUCAAGCAAGACCCAUGUCAUCUUCCGUACAUAUGCUCCUGUGCAUUUCAGAGGUGGUGACUGGAAGACUGGAGGAAAUUGUCAUUUGGAAACUCAUCCGGAUGUGACACCAGUUAAAUCAUUGGAGCAAUGGGCUGAUUUUCUUAACCCCGUAAAUGAUGUACUAGGGAACAGCUUCAGGCCCAAGCUUCUCGGGUUGGAUAUACUGAACGUGACUCAGAUGACGGCUCAACGGAAAGAUGGGCACGUCUCAGUACACCUGAGUCCUUCAGGCCCUGUCCCUCUCUACAGGCAAGAUUGCAGCCACUGGUGCUUGCCUGGAGUCCCUGAUACCUGGAAUGAGCUUGUCUACAACCUCUUGUUGAAAAGACAAUCUAUGAUAGGUCAAAAUGUACCUCUUGUUGGCACCAAAACACUGAAAGCUGGCUGGCGAAAGCUAAAUAAGUACAACUUGACAAUUUGAAGAGGGAAGUAAAUCCAGCAGCUCAUCAGGACAGAACAAAGCUUCAUCCAGUGUCUUGGGUGAUGCUGCUCCUCAGCUGAUCCAUUCACUUCCCAACGAGUAGGUAAUAGUAGUUAUCCUAGUGAGUGGACACAUUUUUGGAACAUUUUAGAGUUGGUUGGCAGGAAGCUGCACCGCUCUGCUCUGAUCUGUAGUAGCUUAGCCUGUAUUGCCAAGGUGAUAUGCUAUCUUGGUAUUUCAUACAGAGAGGUUAUGAGGUGAGCAUAGCUAGCUAGGAGCUCCAGCAAUGAAUGAUGUAAAUAUAUAAUUCUACUACAAUCCGCGAGAAACGUGACUGUUUCGAUUCAAGGGGAGCAUUGUGAGUAGCUGUGACUGUUUCAGAGCAUGUGCAUUAUUUCAGCUGCUGCCUCUGGAUAGAACGCAUAGUUGGCCAGUUGGGAUCGUUUCUGCCCGAUCUUACACGUUUGUCUGAUGAUGAAUGGAGCCAGCACGUUUGUCUGUCACGGCACGCUGCCGUAGUGCUGCCCCAUCUUGCCGGCAUCCUGUCCCGGUUGACGCAAUUCUGUAAUUCACUGCAGCCGACUACCAAGUUUAGUUGUAGAGUUAUGGAUUUUGGUCUGCACUGUAAGAUGGGCACUACUGGUUACUUCAGCUAACAAGUACUACUUGUGUAUAGGCUGGGUUUAAUAUAAAUCUAUUAUCUAAAAAACAAGUACUACUGGUUCUGGUCUGUUUUUA